AUGGCGGGGAAGCCCAAGCUUCACUACUUCAAUGGCCGAGGCAGAAUGGAGUCCAUCCGGUGGCUCUUGGCUGCAGCAGGGGUAGAGUUUGAAGAAGAACUUUUUGAAACACGUGAAGAAUUUGAGAAAUUAAUCCAAGAGAUGAUUGACAUGUAUGUAGAGGCCUUGAAGGAUCUGAGUGACAUGAUUAUGUUCUUUCCACUCUCUCUGCCUAGAGAGAAGGCGAUGAAUCUUGAAUACAUCCUUCAAAGAGCCACUACAAGAUUCUUCCCUGUCUAUGAGAAGGCACUAAGAGACCACGGGCAAGAUUUUCUUGUGGGCAACCGGCUGAGCUGGGCCGAUAUACAGCUCCUUGAAGUCAUCUUAAUGGCUGAAGAGUGCAAACCCAGUGUCCUCACAGGAUUCCCUUUGCUACAGGCAAUGCUCUCCAAAUAA